CUUUUAUUGUGGAUAUUACUGACGGUAUCCCAAAGCGUGCUACUUUACAAUUCUGUCGCAAUUGUGAAAGAUACUUACAGCCACCAAAUAUAUGGGUUCGUGCCGAAUUAGAAAGCAGGGAAUUACUGUCACUAUGUCUCAAAAAAUUGAAGGGUUUGAAUAAGGUCAAACUUAUUGAUGCUGGCUUCAUAUGGACAGAACCACAUUCAAGAAGAAUUAAAGUCAAAUUAACUGUUCAGAAAGAGGUUUUCAUAUCAACGAUCAUCCAACAAAUUACAGAAGUCGAGUUCGUGGUUAAUCAUCAACAAUGUGGUGAUUGUACACGCCUUAUGGCAAAAAAUACGUGGCAAGCAAUGGUCCAAGUCAGACAAAAAGUCAAUCACAAACGGACUUUCUUGUUUUUAGAACAGCUCAUCCUCAAACAUUAUGCACACAAAGACACGAUCAAUAUUAAAGAAGUCAAGGAUGGUCUUGACUUUUUUUAUGCACACAGAUCCCAUGCUGUCAAAAUGGUCGAAUUUCUAAAUGCUGUUGUUCCAAUUAAACAGCCGUUUAAUUCCUUGGCAACAACAAAGAAUUUGGUAGAAUAUUAUGUUUUGGAUGUUGAACCUUUAGGCCCCACUCGUGGCAAGUAUAUACUUGCCGACAUCCAAGUAGCACGCUCUGCCGACUUUGGAAAAAAUGACAUCACCUUUUUUGCACGAUCUCAUCUUGGUGGGAUUCUUAGUCCAGGCGACAAUACUAUGGGAUACGAUCUUUCAUCAUCCAACUUUAAUGAUAUCACUUUUGAUAGUCUCAAUCAGGAUUCUCUUCCCGAUGUUGUUCUCGUCAAAAAAUCUUAUUCACAGAGACGCAGGAAAAAUAAACGUAAUUGGAAACUAAAAUCUUUGGCAAAAGAAGAAGAGCAAUUGGAUUUAGAGAAAAUGGACCAAGACUAUGAGAUGUUCUUACGAGAUUUGGAAGAAGAUUCAGAGCUUCGACAGAAUAUUAAUUUGUAUAAAGCUUCCGAUACAAUGGAUAUAGAUACAAUAGUUGAAGAAAAUAAUGACGAGGAAGAUGAUUUCCCCGAAGUAAAAUUAGAAGAGUUAUUGGAUGAUCUUACUCUUAAUGAUAAUGUCGAUCCAAAUAAUGUCCAUUAA